AUGGCUAAAGACGUGGAGCUGUUGAAAGGAGAACAAAGAGGAGAUAAAGGUCUCCUUCAUCCACACUCUCGUCGCCUUCAUGUUUUAUUGAUGCUAAUGUCGGGUACGGCUUGUAUGGCAUUAUUGACAACGAAUGUUGGUAUCACGAUCACUUGCAUGGUCAACUCGACGGCAGUUGCUCUAGAAGCCACUCAUUCAGCUUAUGACAACGAAUCAGUCUUGUUGAUGGAGGUGACAAGAGAGCACGAGCAAUGUCAUGCCGACACAACGGCUUUAGUUGUCGACUAUGGGAUUAUUAAUAGAAUUUUAGUUGUCGACUAUGGGGGUGAAUUGUUGUGGUCAGAGCAAUGGCAGUCAUAUGUAAAAGGAGCAGCUUUUUUGGGUGGUCUUCUCGCUGUUUUGCCGGGCGGAAUUGCGUCGGAUCGACGAUCGGUUACACGGAUAUUGCUUGUGUCAAUGGCACUGAUGUCACUCUGCAACGUUCUCUUCCCAAUUGCUUCAAAAUUCAACAAGCGAGUUCCAAUUUUAGCAAUUCUCCUUCGUUUUGGGAUGGGUUUGGGAGAAGCGUUUUUCUUACCAGCGCAAAACGCGUUGAUGGUUCGGUGGAUUCCGUUGAACGAGAAAGCUUCAGCAGGUGCAAUCUAUUCGAUUGGCUAUCAAGUUGCGGGCAUUCUUGGUGUUCCGUUGUCAGCUGCUCUCUGUCAGAGUUCACUUGGAUGGCCGGCCGUUUACUAUAUUUCCGCUCUUUUUGGUUUCUUAUGGAUUGGUGCUUUCAACUAUUUGGCAUCGGAUUCCCCGUCGAUUGCCCGUUGGAUGAGUGAAGCAGAAAGAGAGUACUUGUCUCGUGAACUACAACAUCUAAAGCAAAAGAAGCAAAAGAUCCCCUUUCCCACUCGUCAUGUUCUUCGCUCGGCCGCCAUUUGGGUGUUACUUUAUGCGUCGUUUUCUGGCAAUUUCGUUAUCACUUUCAUCCAAUUGUAUAUACCUUCAUUCUUCAAAGAUGUACUACUGAUGAAUGUGAAAAAAAAUGGUCUUACAACAGCGAUUCCACAUCUCUCACAAGUUGUCGCCAAAUUCACGUGGAGUACGAUGAUCGACCGAGCAAAAAGAAACGGCCUCUCGCCGACGCAUGCCGUUCGAAUCAGUCAAGCUGUUUCCUGCAUCGGUUUGGUGAUCGGUUUCUUCUCGAUUGCUACUUUUGCCGAUUGCACGAAUCCGUGGUUGGCUAUUGGAUUGCUUUGUCUUGUCACAAGCUCUUUUGGGAUUUCGAUUGCCGGUUUCGUUUGUUCUCUCUUGUCAAUGGCUCCAGCUCAUGUGGGCACGUUGACGAGUCUCACGCAUGCUAUUGGUUUCGUCGGUCGAUGGGCUUGCCCGCUCAUCGUGCAACACUUCAAAACGAUUGGUACAACCAGUGAGUGGAAACAAAUUUUCUACACUUUUUCGGUGAUUCCGCUCAUUUCUCUGCUAACAUUCACCUUUUUCGGAUCAGGUGAGAUCCAAACGUGGGGACGAGUGCCAACAAUGGAGAUUGAGCUCAAUGAGAGCUCAUUGCUUGGAAAAGGAGAAGGAAAAGAUGGAAAAGAUGGAAAAGAUGGAAAAGGUGACAAAGAUGAGAUGGAUGAAUCAAAAAAGGAACGCAUUAAGCUCACCAAU